AUGCGCACGCGCGCGCGCAUCUUCUCCUCCUUUUCCUCCUCGCGAAACGGCGCUUUUUUGAAACGUUAUUGGUAUUACUAUUAUUCUUAUCGCCCGCGCAUCAGAGAAACAACAACGAGUGUGAGAGGUGAUUUUCCCCGGAACGAAAUGAUGAUGUCUUCCUCUUCUUCUACCAACGAAACGUUCAUAAACGACUCGAACGUGCGAUCGAUGGAUUUUCGAGAUUGGUUAUCCGUGGAACGGUUUUUACUCCAAAUCGUGAGAGAGGAAAAGAACUUGUCAGACGUACACGUCGCCGACGCGGAACCGGAUUUGCCUUGGAAUUUUUCUGUGCAAAAGACGUUAGAAGAGGCGAAGGAUGCGAAACAAAGGAGCCAUCGAACGCAGACGGAAAGCAAACGCGCGAAAUAUUGCGUCAGAUUGAAGUAUUUCGGCAACGCGUUCGCGUCGUUCGCGUGGGAUAAAAACGUGGACGAUACGAGUAAACAUUCCAGCGAGAGAUUUUACGGCGAUAACUGGCAACCUGGAAAUGCGAGCGUUGUGGCAACGAUACGGGAAAGUUUAGGCGAGCACUGCGCGGGAUUCGAUAAGGAGAAGCAUCCCGUCGUGUACCAAAGCGGACGGACGGAUCGAAACGUUUCCGGCGCGGGGCAGAUUGUGCAAAUAUUUAGAGACGCGAAAAAUCACUUGGAGCGGAGGUACGUGGACGAAACAGAGGAGGAGAGGAAGUGCGAGUUGAUUCGAAGAGCGAUUAAUGAGUCCACGGAGGUUGGGAAGCGCGGGUAUUUGAAAGCGGUGGAGUGUUUUAGAGUCAACGCGGAAUGGCACGCGACGUUUUCGGCGACGUGGAGAAGGUACGUGUACAUAAUACCGAAAAAAACGUUAGACGUCGACGAAGUGAAGGAAGAGCUGAGAAAAGUAGAAGGAGGUGAAACAGAUGUAGAAGAUGUAGACGCGUUCGCGCACCAUUCCAAAGAAGAGAUUGAUUGCGAUUUGCUGGAUAGAAUGCUGCGGAAGUUUGAAAAUAAAACUCUCGACUUUUACGCGUACGCGAGAGAUACGCCGAAAGGUAAAUCGACGGAGUGCAAAAUGCUCUACGCGCGAGCAAAAACCAUAUCGAUUCCAAAGUUUCAAAUGAAAGCAGCGACGAGUAAAUACGGGAAACGAUACCGCGACCGGCGGUAUAAAGACACGUCGCUACUUUACGACGAGACCGCUUUUCAUCGCGCGACAAGAACGGAAAAAGAAGAAGAAGAAGAAGAAGAACCCCUCGAAUGCAUCGCCAUAGAGCUCGUCGCCGAUCGCUUCCUUCGCAAAAUGGUCCGAUGCAUAGUCUCUACCGCCUGCCGAGAAGCAUCAUCUUCGCUCUCGAGUUCAAAAAAGUUCAACGAAGACGCGCUUCUCGAUCUCGCCCGAAACCGCGACCGAAUGGCUUCCGCUCCGCCGGCGCCCCCUCACGGCUUGCUCUUCUGCGGCGUCGGGUACGGCAACAAAUCGUACGAGUCUUUCGUCACAGAUUUUGUCUAA